AUGCUCUCCAUAUCUCCCAGUUGUGAGAAGUGCCAGGAUAGUGCUGAAGGGUUUAAGCUCCAGUAUAAUUUAAGCUCUGCCUCCUCCAGAACAGGAACUAGUUCUUCCAAAUGCCUGGGACAAAGAAAUGUUGGGGUUUUAGAAGCCUAUUUUGCAUUAGCUGGCAAAAGGUGGGCCACUCCGACUUCUUUUGUGGGAAAGGAGAAUUCCCACAGUUGCAAAGUGCUGUCCUUUAUCAUCUUCAUCUGUUAUAUUGCCUCAUCCGCCGCAGCUUUCUUGAUGGUCCCCUUGUUAACCUUCCUGUUGGCCCUCUGCUUUUUCUUUGCGUAUUCCUUGAAGCUGAAUGAGAAGUUAAAAGCAAUCUACUGGGUUUUGGCGGAUUUCUUAUGUGGUAUCAUUGCUGCAAUUAUCUAUUUUGCCAUAUCCGUUGCUGCAGUCUCGAAAUAUUCUGACACGGCAUCCAAAGCUGCAGGAGUAUUUGGCUUUAUUGCCACAAUCAUCUAUUGUGUUUACGUUUACUUUACCUUCAAUGACCUGACAACGUAUCUCAAACAAGGUGAUUCUUCAGAUGCCCCUGAGCCAGGUAAAUCAGAAGAUGAUGAUUCAGAUUCAGAUUCAGACUGAAGCACAGUGCCUCAACUGAUUGCAGAACUGCCAUGGAGAGAGACCAAGGGGCACAUCCUUUCAUGUUAGUCUUUGAAAUCUUUAUGUGAAUACUUCCUUCUAUGCAAGAUUGUACAGAACAUUGCCAAACCAGUACCAAAGACCUUUGGGGAACUUUGACCCACUCUUGAAUCUAUUUUUCAUCAUUUUAUAUCACAGUUUACCAUGUAGACAAACCACUUUUAAGACUGAACCUUUUACAAAUAGACUCAUUAUAUACAAGAAGAGCUUGUCAGGGAUAGUGACUGUUUCUGGAAAGAUAGUGACCCUUUCCUAGUAGCAGUCAUGGCCUUACCUACCAUUUUGGCACAGAACUCUUGACUGAUCUAAGGUACUUGUAUUGUGAGGAAAUCACACUACAAAUGUUUAGAAAGGAAUUUAUCUCAGGACUGCAAUAGAGAUGAAACUCACUCAUGCUUGCUGCAAUCCCUUUGCUUAUUAGCUUCCUCCACUUCCAUCCGAUUAGUUCAAGACAACUUCAACUUAUGGUUACCCUAUGAAUGAGAGACCUCCAAGAGCCCCUCUCAUCUUUGAGAGCCUUGCUCAGGUAAUUCGAGCCUAGGACCAUGGCUUCCAAUGGAAGAGAAUAUAGAGGAAAGGGGCUAAAGUGAGGUGUGAUUUUCUUCAAGAUUAAGAAUGGGCAAGCUCUGGGGACCAAACCUGCUCUGCCUUUCCCCCUUCCCCAUGAGCAAUGAUAGCAGUCUUGUAACAUCUCGAAAACAUAGGUUUUUUUGAACUCCAGCACACAUUAUAUGAUGCAUCUGAUGAAGUGAAAUGGAGUCCACAAAGGCUUAAGUCAUAUCAUAGAAUCACAGAGCUGGAGAAGACUUAAUGGACCAUUGACUCCAACCCCUGCUCAGUGCAACAUCUCCAGCUAAAGCAUCCCCAGGAGUUAAGCCUGAAACCUACAAAAAAGAAUUGUAAUGUCAAAAAAUUCUCCAAAGAAGGGGGUGUUAAAAGUCUAUCAUUAUGAGUUCUACAGUGUUUUUGAGUUUUACAGUCUCUUGGUGGUACUGUAUUAGUAAAGGGCAGCCAUUAUCACAAGUAACCUUACAGUUGCCAAUUUAGAGAGAGCAGAGAUGUGGCUGUGCCUCCAGUAUUUUAAUUGCCUUUUAAACUCAUGAAUGUAUUAUAUAAUUUGUAGUCAUUCUGAGGGGAUUUCAGGACUUUUAAAAUUACUUUGUCAUUUCUUUUAUUUUAUUCUUUGUGCAUAUGUACACAUUUAUUAUAUUCACAAGGAACCUAAAUCCUGUUGGUUAGUCCCAACUGACUAGAAUUGCAUAGGGAAUCUUUUUCAUAUUUUUAAAGCAAUUAUGUAAAGGUUAAUCUGUGAAAGGAAACUAUGACUUAAUGUCUGGAAUCCUGUUAGUGACGUUGUUGUGCCCUUGUGACAUGCACAGGCAUAAUGUCACACUGUGGCUGCAUAUGUCUCUCUGUGGUAAUUGUGAAAGGUUGUGCCUCCAUUUGCAGGGACCCUUGCUGGCGUAACCUACUUCUCUGCCACUGGGGUGCCUCCAAUGGCCAUUUCAUGGGCAAAGGAGUGGGGAUGUAUUGGGCUGUGGUUCUACAAUUAGAUGUAUGAAGAAAACAUCUGUCUCAGAUUCCUGGGAGGACCAUGUUGUCUCCAUGCAUCCAGAUGCUGAAACACAGCCAGACACUGCCUGGCUGUCCACAGCCAUCUCUGUAACUGAAUGACCAUGACAAGGAUGGCCUGGCAGCAGAGAAGGGAGUUGCACCGGUAGAGGAGAAGCUCUCAGCCAAUGUAUUCUUACAUUUGCCAUAUAUGCCAGUCUAUAGUGUCUGAAAUUUAUUGAGAAGCCAUUAAAGCCAAAAACCCUAUUUCUGUGAUUACUGCUAGCAGGUUUCUAGCAGUCCAUGAAGGUGCUUUUCAGGAAUGGCUGAACUUGAACAAUGCCAUUUUACAAAACACCCUGAAGAUUGGUUUCUGAGCUGGGCAACUGGACAUCUUGCCAUAAACAAAGGCACAAGCCUUUUGGAAACUCCAAUGAGUGUUUUAUAUUACUGCCUCUUUUUUAAAGACUUUGAAUGUGAUUUUAUAUUAUUCUAAUCUAUGUGCCUUCAGUUAGAAUUUUAACAUAUGUAUUUACGAACCAUACUGGAAUAAACUCCUUUGGUAAUGAGA